CUAUGAGCGUAAUGGCAUCACCUUCACUCAAUUUCCUGACACCGACGAUCGGUGAUCAGCAAAUCUUGAGGACAAUUUCCAUAGAAAAAUUUAUCAAAACUGACCUAUUACAGCAAUAGAUCAUGGGGAGAAGAAAACAGACUUCAGUCAAUACAAAUAACGACUCCGUUUAUUUCGAGAAACUAUUCAAUGUUUGUCGUGUUGCCCUGCGCUUAGCCGGUAUCAUCGGCGUGGAUUCGAUGUUUUCAAAAUCUGAAAGAAGAGUUUCUGAUCUGAGAGGAAUUUACUACGUUGUCGGAAUACUACCUCCGAUUCUCAGUACGUCGUGUGAAGUUCGCAGCUUUGUUCAUUGCUGGAGAACCGACAUCUACGUAGGGUUGGAGAUAUGCACUGUCAUCCUCAGCAGUCUAGUCGUCAUAACCCAGGGUUUUAUCAUGUACUUGUCCAGGCGGGAAUUACUGAAUUUGAUCAGUCAGGUAUGCGAACUAUGGGACAAACAAUUAAUGAGUAUUGAAAACAAUAUAGUCAAAAAGGCUAGAAAAGCCCAAUCCUUGACGAAGGUCUACGCUGCCUUGGUUGUUUUUCUGGGGAGUAGCUUCACGCUCCGACCGUUCUUCUCAAUUUUCAUCCAGUUUAUCACUAGUACCGAGAAUGAUACGUAUGACUUAAGCCAAACCGCUUACCCCGCGAUGUAUCCUUUCGCAACGGAUACAGUAGGAAAAUAUCUAGCAUGCAUUACUGUUGAACUACUGCUGUUUGUCAGUGUAGCUGCAUGGUGGACUGGUGCUGACAUGGUGUUUCUCCAGCUGGCGACUCACCUGUCUUUGCAGUAUGAGAUCCUGUGUAAAAGUCUCACGGAAAUGAUCACCGAAGACUUUGCCCCAACUGAUUCUUCUCUGAUCCAGCAGUUGAGUUCCAUCGGCCAGCGACACAGUCAAUUGAUACUGCUGUCCCUGAAAUUAAAACAGAUUUUCAGUCCAAUAUUGUUCUGUCUGAUGAUCGUCACAGGUGCCAAUAUUUGCAUAUGUGUUUUGAGCCUUGAAAAGGAGAUCUUGAGCAGUAAUACCGCUGGAAUUAUCAAAUGUCUCAUCCACACCUCUCUUACGCUAAUUCAACCUGCCAUCUACUGUAAAUACGCAAAUGAUUUGAAUGAAUCGGCCGAGUUGAUUGGAAAUGCUGCAUUCCAGUGCAAUUGGAUUAACAAGAGCAAAAACUUCAAGAAGCAAUUACAACUAAUGACCUUGAAUGCGCAAAAAGGGAUCGCCUUCAGAAUUUGGGGAUUCUUCACUGUGAAUUUGAAUCAAUUAACGCAGAUUGGGAGUACUGCUGCAAGUUUCUUCGCACUGGUUAACAGCGUAUCAUAAGUCAAAGAAGCAAUAAUCACAAAGAGUAUCUGUAAAUGUCAUAAACCACUGUAUGAAGCUGUCCGCUGCUCUGAUUUGAUUGAAUAGCUAAAUAGAAUGACGACGCAAUCCCAUUUACAACAAAGGUGCGCUCUGUCGAACGAUGCCACCAUUAAAAUAGUUCAACCAACCAGUUCAGAAAUCAUUUUCACCUGUAAUUGAGGGGCUUUUAACAAGCUCAAUGGAGAUGGUGUCAUGGCGCCAGUAAAUAGCGAUUCGAACCAUUAAUGUGGACGAACUGGCAGAGCCUUCCAAGGACCCGUGAAUCCUGAUUUUCCUCAUAAUGAAACGGAACAAAGAGCACGGAAUAACCACUGUACACUGAUUAGAUGAUAGUGGAAAGUUUACAACAGAUUGUGUUGCUUCGAUGUUGUGAGCCGCUAUGUUGCAAAGUAGGUAGUCACGAACUAAUGCCUGUGGUAGCAUCAAUUUUUCACGUGGCCAAAGAACUUUUCAAUUAAUGAGAAAACACGGUGAAUAGCGUAUUGCAAGACAGUUGGAGAGAGCCGCUGCAUUAUUGAUUACUGAGAUAUGCAUUAUGUAUUACAUCGAAAUACGCUGCUAUUCUUCUAUUCUGAGAUGUCAUUACAGAUUCACAGAUAACGAGCUCCUUCUGCGCAACCAGAGCAUUAUUCAUAUGCAUAGAGUGACCAAGGGGAUGCACUCUAGGGUAGGGAUGCGCGAAAGUUGAAGGAUUUCCAGUUCGAGGAAAUUGUUGAGGAGAAAACAUUCCCAUGAAUCAAUAAACGCACUGACUCCUCCGAUUUUGGGAAACUAUUCCAUGUCUGCCGGAUUGCCCUGCGUCUGGCUGGUAUAAUCGGUGUGGACUCAAUUUUCUCAAAAUCCAAACGAAGAGUUUCCGAUCUCAGAGAAAUCUACUACAUCUUUGGCAUAGUCCCUCAAAUUCAAAUUCUCUCGGGUGAAAUAUACAGUGUUCUGCACUUCUGCAAGCUCAAUGCCGAGAAUGACACUUGAGUCAAACUACCUAUCCAGCGACAUAUCUUUUUGCGACGAAUACAUUUGCAUGAUACUGGG